GCUCUCUGACGCUGCUACGACAUCUACUGCUACCGAACACCUCCCACACACCACCCACCCGCUCCGCGAAUCAAUUCUUCAUCAAUCCUGCGCCUGCAUCUACGCGCAAGCGCACAGCAGCUGUCUUCCGCCCGCCAUCCUCGCUCGGUAGCCGGUUUGCGACAGAGGGUCCGCAACCACCCCAGCGACCAUGGACCCGACAGGCCUCCAGCACGGCCAGGCGCAGAAGAUGCGCCAGCAGCCUCAGCAAGCUGCGCCGCGCCGCUACGAUGGACUCAAUGGGAAUCCCAUGUACGAUCCCGCCAACGGUGGCCAUUAUGGAGCAAGCGCAUCUAUAGCUGCCCAAGGACAUGCACCAGAUCCGCAGCUGUUCACAGGAUCAUGGCAGAACGGGCUGAACGGGAACUACCGAGACAUUCUAAAUACCUACUGGCAGCAGCAGGUCACGAAGCUCGAGAUCGACGAGCAUGACUACAAGUUGCACCAGCUUCCUCUGGCGCGGAUAAAGAAGGUGAUGAAGGCCGAUCCAGAAGUCAAGAUGAUAUCGGCGGAAGCUCCGAUCUUGUUCGCCAAAGGGUGCGACAUCUUCAUCACAGAACUCACAAUGCGUGCCUGGAUCCACGCCGAGGAAAACAAGCGUCGGACACUCCAGCGGUCCGACAUUGCAUCUGCAUUGUCCAAAUCAGACAUGUUCGACUUCCUGAUUGACAUCGUUCCGCGCGAGGAGGCGCAUCCCCACAAGCGGACUGCUGGACAGAGCAGCGCAGCAGUGGCAUCGUCUGCUAGCCAGCCUCUCCCUCCCGGUGCUGUCCAACAGCAAGGAGUCCAUCCCCCGCAUCAAAUGGGCCCUCCAGACUACGGCAUGGGUCAACACAUGCCGCAGCAAGAGGAGUACAGGCCGCCGGGGAUGUACGCCCCACCUGUGCAGGGCGAUCCAAACGCGUAUGGGCAGCCCCAAGCUCAAAUGUUUGAUCCCGCCUCGGCGUAUCAAGCGUACUCAAUGCAGCCCGCGCCGCAGAUGUACCCAGGCGUUGGCCAGCGCGGCCCCGACCUUACGGGAGCGGGCGACCCUAAUCAGGGCUAUCGCCCGCAUGACCCUGAGGGUGACGCUGAUGCGGAGGGUGAGAGGGAAGAUUUUGUGUCUUAGCAACAUGCUAACCACAAUGACUCUCUUCCACAGGAUCUUCGCCACCUCUAGGAUCAUGGGCAAGGCGGGCAGGGCGGGCAGGGCUUGAUUUCUGCUGUCACGAGUGUGCAAUCGACUAGAUGACAACCCCUGAACAUGAGGAGAUUUAUUGGUAAAGAUCAAGACGGGAGGAACGAUGGUCUCUUUUUUGGAUAGAGCAUCACCCACGUAGCGCCCUCGUCUGAGUGCUGUGUCGUUUCGGGCGCGGGAGU